AUGUCGAAAAGAACACUGGACACAUUCUUCAAUCCAUCGCCAAAGAAGGCCAAGAUUUCUCUUACGGACUCGAAAGAUGCGCCUUCAAGUCACUCAACAUAUCCCUUCACCGUACCACAAUUGCCACCAGAAAUCAGCGACCUUCUAAACUUCGCCCCAGAAGCAGAAGGCAAAGCGAUAAUCGAUCAACCGGACUUGGAUCUCUUGUACUUCCAACCAUAUAUCCCUGGCUCGAUAUCAACGCCUCUCUUUGAGUUUUUACGCGGAGAAUUGUUCUUUUACCGUGUCAAGUACAAGAUCAAGCGUGGACCCAUCGAAACAGACAUCAAUACGCCACGCUUCACGACUGUAUUCGGUGUGGAUGAAACCUCUUCAUUCCUACCCGAUGGCUCCCUGAUCGACGCGACUACCAGAAAGCCGAUCCCAAAGGAUCGCUACAAGACAUGCAAACCACGACCGAUACCCCACUGUCUUGACCUCCUGCGCAAACUCACAGAAGCAGCAACAGACCAACGCUACAACUUCUGUCUUGUAAACUACUACGCCACCGGCGACGACAGCAUAUCCUACCACAGCGACGACGAACGCUUCCUAGGCGUGGAUCCCGCAAUCGCCUCCUUCAGCCUCGGAGCCAAGCGCGACUUUCUGCUCAAGCACAAACCCACUCCGCCCUCUGACACAAAGUCGGCCGCUGCAAUAGCCUCGGAAACCAAACCUCUGAAGCUUCCCCUAGGCAGUGGAGACAUGGUGCUGAUGAGGGGAAGCACGCAGGGUAAAUGGUUGCACAGCAUACCCAAACGCAAAGGAGGUGAAAGUGGGAAUGGAAGGAUCAAUAUUACGUUUAGGAGGGCUAUGGUUGCGGGAGGGACAGAGAAUUAUUAUAGGUAUAAUGUGGGUGAUGGAGAUGUUAUGAAGUGGGAUGCGAAAACGAAGAGCAUGGUUGUUUGGGGUGAGAAGAAGGAGGGUGAUGAGGUUGAGAAGAAGGAGGUCAAGGCUGAAGAUGUGGAUAAGGGAUAUGCUGCAUUGUAG